AUGGCUGAAGAAGAGGAAGCCGCUGCCCGGCCGGAGAAAGUUAUCCGGGUCCAGCGGGUGUUUAUCAACCUGCUGGACUCUUACAGCAGCGGGAACAUCGGGAAGUUUCUCUCUAACUGCGUAGCCGGGGCUUCGCUUGAAGAAAUUACAGAAGAAGAGGAAGAGGAAGAUGAAAGCCAGUCGGCUCUGCAGGAAGCCCCCUCGUCCAAGCUGAAGGAAGGCACAUUCCAGAUCGUGGGCACAGUUUCCGCGCCCGGAGUACCGGGGCCCAACUUUGCCGUGGAGACAUAUUCUGCCCUCUCUCAAGAAGAACUUCUCAUGCACCUGCUGGAGUGUGAUGUUAUUAUUUAUAACAUCACUGAGAAUCCACAGCAAGUGGAAGAAGCCAUCUGGGCAGUCUCUGCGCUGAAUGAAGAAAUCGGGCACUUUGAGAAGCGAAAGGUGUUUAUUUUGGUUUCCACAGUGAUGACCUGGGCGCGAUCCAAACCCCUGGACCCUGAUGAUUCUGAGGUUCCAUUUACUGAAGAGGAUUAUCGAAGGAGAAAGCACCAUCCUCAUUUUCUGGACCACAUAAAUGCUGAAAAAAUGGUUCUCAAAUUUGGAAAAAAUAUCAAAAAAUUGGCAACGUACGUGGUUGCUGCUGGACUCCAGUACGGAGCGGAAGGAGGCAUCUUACACUUUUUUUUUAAGUUAGCGUGGAUGGGUGAGGUUCCUGCAUUACCAGUGUUUGGGGAUGGAUCGAAUAUAAUUCCAACAAUUCAUGUCCUUGAUCUAGCAGGAGUGAUACAAAACAUAAUAGACCACGUGCCGAAGCUUCAUUACCUGGUUGCUGUGGACGAGUCUAUCCAGACCCUGGAAGACUUAGUCAAGUGCAUCAGUAAAUAUAUUGGACCUGGGAAAAUCCAGAAAGUACCCAAAGAAAAUGUUUUCCUAACCAAGGAAUUAACACAAGAGAGUAUUGACCACUUGCUGGUCAACCUGAGAAUGGAAGCCGUGUUCGUGAAGGAGAAUUUUAACAUUCGCUGGGCUGCCCAGACAGGGUUUGUGGAGAAUAUCAACAGCAUCCUCAGAGAGUACAGGCAAAGCAGAAGACUACUGCCCAUUAAGAUUUGCAUUCUCGGUCCUCCGGCAGUGGGGAAAUCCAGUAUCGCAGAAGUAUUGACCAAGUACUACAAACUACAUCACAUUAAACUGAAGGACGUCAUUUCUGAAGCCAUAGCAAAACUGGAGGCAACGGUGGCGCCGAAGUACGGGGUGGAAGGAGAAGAAGAAGGUGAGGAGGAGGAGGAAGAGGAGAACGUGGAAGACGCGCAGGAGCUCUUGGACGGCGUCAAGGAGAGCAUGGAGCAGAACGCAGGCCAGCUAGAAGAUCAAUAUGUAAUUCGAUUUAUAAAAGAAAAGCUAAAGUCUAUGCCUUGCAGGAAUCAAGGUUACAUUUUGGAUGGGUUCCCAAACACCUAUGAUCAAGCCAAAGACCUCUUCAGCCAAGACAACGAGGAGGAGGAAGAAAUCAGAGGCAAAAUGUUUCCCUUUGAUAAAUUAAUCAUGCCUGAAUUCGUCUGUGCGCUGGAUGCCUCGGAUGAGUUCCUCAAGUAUCGAGUGAUAAAUCUUCCCGAGAGCUUGGUGGCAGGCACCCACUACAGCCAGGACCGGUUCCUCCGGGCUCUGAGCAACUACCGGGACAUCAAUACUGAAGAUGAGACGGUCCUCAACUAUUUUGAUGAAGUUGAAGUCCACCCUAUUCAUAUCGAUGUAGGAAAACUUGAAGAUGCUCAGAACAGACUCGCCAUCAAACUGCUCAUCAAAGAGAUCGGGGAGCCCCGAAAUUACGGUUUAACAGAUGAAGAAAAGGCAGAGGAGGAGCGGAGGGUUGCUGAGGAAUGCUUAGCCAAGGAGGCUAGGGAGAAAGCGGACCAGGAGCGCAAGGAAGCCACGGAGAUGGCCGAGAAGAUGGCUCGCUGGGAAGAGUGGAAUAAGCGACUAGAGGAAGUGAAAAGAGAAGAAACAGAACUGCUACAGGCCCAGUCUGCCCCCCUGAGAAACUAUUUAAUGACCUACGUCAUGCCGACGCUCAUGCAGGGUCUCAACGAGUGUUGUAAGAUCAGACCAGAGGAUCCUGUUGAUUUUCUCGCAGAGUAUCUCUUCAAGAACAAUCCUGCGACGCAGUGAGGCUGGAAAAACCUCAUGCCAUAACCCUUCACAGAGCGAGAGAUGACUUUGAC